AUGAAUCGAGUGGCUCCUACCUUCCCACCCCUCACCCCGGGGAAAAUAAGGGUCUACAGCAUGAGGUUUUGCCCUUUUGCUGAGGGGACCAGAUUAGUUCUACAUCACAAGAACAUUGAACACGAGGUAGUGAACAUUAACCUGCUGCAGAAGCCAUCUUGGUUCUGGGACAGGAACCCCAACGGCGCUGUACCCAUCUUCGAACUGGACGACAAAGUGAUCUAUGAGUCCCUGAUCUGCUCUGACUACGUGGAUGAAGCGUACCCCAACAACAAACUGACCCCCUCAGACCCGUACAGGAGAGCCCAGGACAGGAUCAUUGUGGAACUGUUUUCAAAGGUCACCUUAGAGAGCAGUCCAGUGGUUAAAGUGGUCAGCGCCAGCUGCAGCUGUGCCAUAGGUCAGAGCCAGUGUUGUGGUCAUGUGACAGGUGUUUUAUAUCUGGUGGCCCACUAUAAGCAGAGAGGAAUGAAGUCCAUCCCACAGGAUAUUGCCAAGACCUCCAUGCCACAGACAUGGCACAUCCCUCGCCAGGACAAAAUAUCCGAUGGAUUUUAUCCUGAUUUACCCAUUAGUGCUGAGCAGACAGGAGAGAACAACUACAGCAGUGUGCUGACAGAGAGUCAGACAACUCUGCUAGACUCACUCAGUGUCAGUCAGGAUGAGGCUGUGGAGAUAGAGAAGGCUACCAGACUCCAGGCGCAGGACAAGAAGUGGGUUCGUCUGAGACGUCACAGGGUCACAGCUUCCAAAAUUGGAGAAAUUUCAAAGCGUAAAAAAGAACCAGAGAAGUUUGCAGAAAGACUGAGAUCUUCUUCUAGGACCGUCCUCACAGAGGCAAUGAGAGAGGGCAUUGCCAAUGAGCCUUUUGCAGUAGAGGCAUAUGGGAAGCUAAAGGAGGGCAAUGUGAAUAUAUAUCCCUGUGGGAUUGUAAUAAGUCCCAGAGCAGCAUGGAUGGCUGCUUCUCCAGACAGGAAGGUGCUAGACCCCAGCUCCAACCCUCCUUUUGGUCUACUGGAGGUGAAGUGUCCAGACCUGCGGAAUAAGGACCUCUGUGAUCUGCAGUACCUCAGCCUGAAGGACAAUGGCCAGCUUGCUCUUAAGGCAACAUGUAACUACUAUCAUCAGAUCCAGAUGCAACUGGCAAUGACUGGUUUGAAAGGGUGUGAUUUCUUUGUCUGGUCUGAAAGGCAACACCAUCUCGAGAGAAUUGACUUUUGUCCUGAGAGCUGGCAAAGGGUGAAAGACAAGGCAGAUAAAUUCUUCUUUGAUUACCUUCUUUCAUAG